GUAGCUAUUAUCAAAUUAAUUCAGUUUUUGUUCAGUGUUCAUCAAAACACAUCUCAAAAUAAUCAAUAUGAAGUUUUUAAUUAUCACCAUCGCCAGUUUAGCUUUUGCAAAUGCAGGUCAUUUGCACACAUACAAGUUACACGAUUCUCAUGAUUUACUUUCAACAAAUUCAAUUUCGUCAUACUCUUCACAUCAAUCGUUCCCAGGAGCUUCAACAUACCAAUCAUAUGAAACCAUAGGUUUACCCAUACCAAGUUAUACACCACGAUUUAGCGCUUUGAGCACACCAAUCUCCACACAGGCAAUCUCAUAUCCAAUUUCAUAUGUACCACGACAACAUUUAACAUACAAUCCACAAUUUGCCGCAUACCCAAUCCACAAUCAACCAGCUUUAAUCUCACAAGCUCCAUCAUUCAUUCCACAAUAUCCUUCAUUUAUUCAACAACAACCCUCAUUUAUUAAUCAAAUCCCAACCAAUCCAGGAUUAUUCCCACAAAAUCCAAUUCCUUCAGAACCACAACAAGUUUCAAACAUUCCACAAGGUGCACAAGUUGAUUCUGAUACUGUAUCCGUAGAAGCUUCUCGUUCAAGCAAUGAUGGUCGACGUCAACAAAUCAACAACGAAGAUGAUGAUAGUGUAACAAUUGAAGCAGCUGGUCGAUCUUCAGCCGAAUUUAGAUCAUCAAAUAAUUCCACUGAAGCUAUUUUCCCAACAGCUGAAAAUUCUGCUUCAACCUCAACAACCACUACUGAAUCAAGUGUACAAGCUCGUAAUUCUCAACAACAACAAAGUGUACAAGAACGUCUUCAAUAUUUGAAUGAAGCCCGUAGAAAUUUACCAUCAAAUUCAAAUAUCAUAUCUCGUAGUUUCUUUGGUAAUCCAUCAGUAUUUGCGCGUUUCGAUUUACAAUAAAAGAAAUAGAAAUUUUCCCAAGACCAAAUUUUUUGUGUGUAUAUAA